AUGACCUUGUUAGUGGGCGGUUUUGAGUCCCACGUUUUAUUCGACUCUGGAGCAUCGAAUUGCUUCAUUACACCGGAGCGUGCCGAGAAGAGUGGCAUCCGGAGUAGCGCGGGCGAGAGCGCGGGCAUGGUCAAGGUGGCGGGAGGUGGAUUCUUGUCUACUUUGGGCCGUGCUAGAGGAGUCGAGAUCGAGAUUGCGGGGCAGUCAAUGCCAGCAGACUUAGUCAUCAGUCCGGUGGAGCUGUAUGACGUUAUUCUCGGGAUGGACUGGUUGUCACACUACAGAGUUCAUCUGGAUUGCUACAGAGGUAGAGUGGUCUUCGAGCGAGAUGCAGGGAGGUUGGUUUAUCAGGGAGUGAGACCGACUUCCGGGAGUAUUGUGAUAUCUGCUAUUCAGGCCGAGCAGUUGUUAGAGCGGGGCUGUGAGGCGUAUCUGGCGACGAUUUCUAUGUCUGAGUCAGGAGCUGGAGUUGUUAUGGGAGAUAUUGAGGUUGUCCAGGAUUUUGAGGAUGUCUUUCAGUCACUGAAGGGAUUACCACCAUCUCGGUCUGAUCCUUUCACGAUUGAGUUAGAGCCGGGGACAGCACCGAUAUCGAAGACGCCUUACAGGAUGGCGCCAGCUGAGUUGGCAGAGCUGAAGAAGCAGAUAGAGGACCUUUUGUCUAAGGGGUUCAUUCGACCAAGUGUUUCACCGUGGGGAGCACCGGUGUUGUUUGUGAAGAAGAAGGAUGGAGUUUCAGACUUUGUAUCGAUUACAGAGAUCCCGAUAGAUGAGGCAGAUGUCAGGAAGACUGCUUUCAGGACGCGUUAUGGGCAUUUUGAGUUUGUGGUUAUGCCUUUCGGUUUGACUAACGCGCCGGCAGCCUUCAUGAGAUUGAUGAACGACGUGUUCAGGGAGUAUUUGGACGUGUUUGUCAUCAUUUUCAUUGAUGAUAUUCUGGUAUACUCGAGGAGUCAGGAGGAGCAUGCGACUCACUUGAGGUUGGUUCUGGAGAAGCUUCGGGAGCAGAAGCUUUUUGCUAAGUUGAGCAAGUGCAGUUUCUGGCAGCGAGAGAUGGGAUUUCUUGGCCACAUUGUUUCUGCAGAGGGAGUUUCUGUGGAUCCGGCUAAGAUUGAGGCUAUCAGAGAUUGGCCUAGACCUAGUAGUGCCACCGAGAUCAGGAGUUUUCUGGGUUUGGCAGGAUACUACAGGAGGUUCGUCAAGGGGUUUGCUACCAUGGCGCAGCCGAUGACGAAGUUGACCGGGAAGGAUGUCCCUUUUAUUUGGUCAGCUGAGUGUGAGGAGAGCUUUAGUCAGCUCAAGGAGAUGUUGACUACUACACCAGUGUUGGCGUUACCCGAGCCAGGGAAGCCUUACAUGGUGUAUACAGAUGCUUCAGGCAUUGGUCUUGGUUGUGUGCUGAUGCAGGAGGGCAGAGUGAUAGCAUAUGCUUCGAGACAGUGGCAGGGCAGUGAGCGUAACCGUCCUACACAUGACUUAGAGUUGGGAGCAGUGAUCUUCGCGUUGAAGAUUUGGAGGUCUUACUUGCUAGGUGAGACAGUACAGGUCUUCACGGAUCACAAGAGUUUGCAGCAUAUCUUCACUCAGCCGAUGAUGAACGCGAGACAGACGCGCUGGGUUGAGUUCUUGGCGGACUAUCAGGUGAGCAUUAACUACCAUCCGGGCAAGGCUAACCUAGUGGCGGACGCGUUGAGUAGACGGAGGUAUGAUUCCGCAGUUGAGCGAGAUGUGGAGUCUCUAGUUGGCGAGAUCAGUACCUUGCGUUUGUGUGCCAUUUCGCAGGAGCCUUUGGGUUUAGAGGCGGUGGAUCAGGCGGAUCUACUUAGCAGGAUCAGAGUUGCUCAGCAGAGUGAUCAGAGUUUGCUAGAUGCGACGAGAGUGACUGGUUCUGAGUAUGAGGUCUCUGCGAAUGGGACUAUCUUGGUUCGUGGGCGAGUUUGUGUGCCUAAGGAUGUGGAGUUGAGACAUCAGAUUUUGGGAGAGGCUCACGCGAGCAAGUUUUCCAUUCAUCCGGGAGCGACCAAGAUGUACCAUGACCUCAAGAGAGCAUCAGGUUCCGGGUGGUCUUUUGCAGAGUUUACCCAUUCCGAGUGGAAGUGGGACAGGAUUACGAUGGAUUUCGUGGUUGGACUACCUGUUUCGAGGACUUUCGAUGCUAUCUGGGUGAUUGUGGAUCGGUUGACUAAGUCUGCACAUUUCUUGGCCAUCAAGAAGACAGAUGGAGCUGCUGUCUUGGCUAGGAAGUUUGUGCGAGAGAUUGUGAGGCUGCAUGGAGUGCCAGCUAGUAUUGUGUCAGACCGUGAUCCCAGAUUCACUUCAGAGUUUUGGAGGGCGUUUCAGGCAGAGAUGGGCACUAAGGUGCAUCUGAGUACAGCUUAUCAUCCGCAGACAGAUGGUCAGUCAGAGAGGACUAUUCAGACUUUGGAGGAUUUGCUGAGGAUGUGUGUGUUGGAUUGGGGUGGCCAUUGGGCAGAUCACCUGAGCUUAGUUGAGUUUGCAUACAACAACAGCUUUCAGGCGAGUAUUGGCAUGGCUCCAUUUGAGGCUUUGUAUGGGAGGCCAUGUAGGACACCCCUAUGCUGGACCCAAGUGGGGGAGCGCAGCAUGUAUGGAGCUACUUAUGUUCAGGAGACGACAGAGAAGGUUCGUGUUGUGAGGCUGAACAUGAAGGAGGCUCAGGAUAGGCAGAAGAGUUAUGCAGAUAGACGCAGACGAGAGCUUGAGUUUCAGGUGGGAGAUAGAGUUUAUCUCAAGAUGGCUAUGUUGAGGGGUCCUAACAGAUCCAUAGCAGAGAACAAGCUGAGUCCGCGAUUUAUGGGUCCGUUUCCAGUAGUGGAGCGAGUUGGGCCAUUGGCUUACAGGCUGGAGUUGCCUGAGAUUAUGAAAGCCUUUCACAAGGUUUUUCAUGUGUCGAUGCUGAGGAAGUGUCUUCACCCUACAGAGGAGUUAGUGGCUAGGAUUCCAGAGGAUCUUCAGCCAGAUUUGACAGUGCCGGCAGUGCCUGUGAGGAUUUUAGAGAGGAGGGAAAAGGUUCUGAGGAACAAGAGGAUUCCCUUACUGAGGAUUUUGUGGGAUUGCAGUGGUUCUACAGAGGAGACUUGGGAGCCAGAGGCAAAGAUGAAGUUGAAGUUCAGGAAGUGGUUCGACAAGCAGGUCGAGGAGAUUGCGAUCCUGAAUAACUCAUCAUGUUUUUGGAGACUUCGUUCUCUGGCAGACUCUCUGGGUGCAAGUAGGCCUCAGUUGAGUGUAGCUUAUCUGGGUGCAAGUAGGCCUCAGUAUAAGCAGUUUAGUUCAUCUGGGUGCAAGUGGGCCUCAGUAUGGACGUUUUCGGGUUCGUCUGGGUGCAAGUGGGCCUCAGUGCGGACCGGUGUGGACUUGUCUGGAUAUGACGUUUGUCUCGGGGAUCAAGUGAGGAUCUCCGGUGUUGCGGCCUUGCGAGUGGAGAAAGCCCUAAAAUCAAGUUUAAAGAGUGCAGCCGUCUUCUCGUUUUUCGAGGCAGAGAAGGAGAAAAUUUUGAGAGUUCUGGAAAAGAUUUUACUGUUGAGACUGUUCAUCGGAAUUUCGUACUGUUCACGGUUACUGUUCAUCGGUACUGUUCACGGGUUACUGUUCAUCGGUACUGUUCACGGGUUACUGUUCAUCCGCGAUUCGGCACUGUUCAUCGUCUUCCUUUUUCCUUCAGUUUCAAUCAUUGUCAAGGUGAGUGCAUGA